CCACACUAUCAAAUUUAGCAAAAAAAGUUUAGGCGUUUUUAAAUUCGAGAGUUGCGAAAAUUCGGGGCCGCAAUGCGCCAAGCUCACCUGUAAGAGGCUCCCAGCUAGCGUCGUCCCGUCGCAGGUGCACCGGUGCACAGAAGAAGGCAGCGCGGCAGUCCGCUUUCCGCCGACCGCCUUCCGCUGACUAAUAACUCAUCCGCCCCGUGGGGUGAAAAAUCGAUUUGGUGAUAACAGGCUUACGCUUACGAGUUCUCGCACUGCUAGUCGGAUUCCAGUGGCCGCCAGCAGCUCAUCAUGAACGUGGACUUUGCGAAGGUGUGCGGCAAGCACAUAGGCGUCUACGAGGCCUACUACAAACAGAUUGACCCCAAAGCCACCGGGGCAAUCGAGGCCAUGACGGCGGCCAAGUUUCUGAAGAAGUCGGGCCUCAGCGACGUGGUGCUGAGCAGGAUCUGGGACCUGUCCGACCCCAACGGCAAGGGCUUCCUGGACAAGCCGGGCUUCUUCGUGGCCCUCAAGCUGGUGUCGCUGUCGCAGGCGGGCCAGGUGGCCAACAUGAACAACAUCUACCUGGACACUGCCAACCCGCCGAAGGUGGGUGAACUACCAAAAACUCCAAUGCCGUCGCGCAUCCAGACGGUGCCGGUGGCCAGCGGCGGAGUGGCCAGCGGGGACUGGUCCAUCGGGGUGAUCGACCGGCUGAAGUACGAGCAGCUCUUCGAGUCGCUGCAUCCCCACCAGGGCAUGCUGCCGGGCAACAAGGUCAAGGGCGUGCUGAUGGACUCCAAGCUGCCGAUGAGCAUUCUGGGCACCAUCUGGGACCUGGCCGACCAGGACAAGGACGGCAACCUGGACAAGCACGAGUUCGUGGUGGCCAUGCACCUGGUCUACCAGACGCUGCAGAAGCGCACCAUUCCCAGCGUGCUGCCGCCCGAGCUGCGGAAGCCCGGAGGCGCAGGACCGCCUCCCAAGCCAGCCAUGCCCCCGCCUCCGUCGGCCGCUGCGAUGCCUCGCGCUCCCAGCGGUGAGGGAUUCGGGGACGGCGGCUUUGUGGCCAACUUCCCCAAGGACAUUGCCCCGCCGGCGGCCAUUCCGCCGCUCCCGGUGGCCGUGCCGCCCAUGACGCGCAUUCCGCCGGUGGGCGCGGUCAGCUCGCAGCCGCUGAUCCAGACGGAUCCGCUGAUACCCAUCGGCGCCCCGCCCUCGGUGACGGCGAACGCCGACUGGGUGGUCACCCCGGCGGAGCUGAGCCGCUUCGAGGAGAUCUUCCGGCAGUCCGACCUGGACAAGGACGGCCUGGUCUCCGGCCUCGAGGUGAAGGACAUCUUCAUCAAGUCGGGUAUUCCGCAGCGCAGCCUGGCGGACAUCUGGGCUCUGUGUGACACCAAUCAGUCCGGCAAGCUGACUGUGGAGCAGUUCGCCCUGGCCAUGUGGUUCGUGGAGCGCAAGCAGCGCGGCGUGGAUCCGCCCCAUGUGCUCAACGCCAACAUGGUGCCGCCCUCGAUGCGCUCCACUGUGUCUGGCGUCGACCUGCAGCCGCAGGAGGUGAAGCCCACCUACUCGAAUCCGGAGCUGGAGAUGAUCUCCAAGGAGAUCGAGGAGCUGGCCCGCGAGCGCCGCGUCCUGGAGACGGAGAUCGCCCAAAAGGAGGCGGAUGUGCGCGUGAAGAACGGCGAGGUGCGCAGUCUGCAGAGUGAACUGGACACUCUCACCGCCACGCUGAAGCAGCUGGAGAACCAGCGAGGAGAGGCCCAGAAGCGGCUGGACGACCUGCAGGCUCAAGUUAGCCACAAUACGGCCGUGCUGGCCAACGUAAGUCUUGACAUAUCGCGCACCAACGACCAGGUGACCAAGAUCCGCGACCAGUGCCACAUGCAGGAGGAGACCAUCAACGAGCAGGAGGGCGAGCUGAACGCCAAGCGCUCGGAGCUGCAGAAGCUCAAGGACGAGGAGACGUCGCUGCAGAAGGAGUACGACAGCAACAACCGCGAGCUCUCGAAGCUGACCAACCACCUGCAGGCCACCCAACUGCAGAUCAGCUCGGUCCGAUCGAUGGUCACCCAGCUUCUGGAGACGCAGCGCCAGAUGACCGAUGCGCUGCUCAUUUGCAGGGCUGCCAUGGAGAACCAGAACGCCGAGCUCGUCUCCGAGUACCAGCUGAAGAUUGAGCCGGACUUUGACGAGGCGCGCAAGACGCUGACCAAGGAGCUGCCGCUGCCCAAGGACGAUCCCUUCGAGGAGAACAACAGCGGGGCCGCCAACCAGGCCACCAACGGCUUUGGCAGCGACCCCUUCUCCGGCCAGCAGACCAGCAAGCCGGCCAUCUCCACCGGCUUCGACGACAGCUUCAACAUGAGCUCGACCUUCGACAGCGGCUUCGAUGCCUUUGGUCAGAGCGGAGCGGGCUCAGCCUUCGGCCAGACCCAGCGGGAUCCCUUCGGCUCGGAUGCCUUUGCGGCCAACAAGAGCAGUGCUGUUACCCCGGAUCCCGGAAAAGACGACUUUGGCAGCGAUCCCUUCGCCGCCCUGCACGCGCCAACUGGCCAGGGUCAGGUGCUCAGUCCCAACGCCCAGAAGUCGGGUCCGCCGCCCAGACCGGAGUCUCCUAGUCCAGCAUUGCCGCCAAAGAAGUCCAAGGUGCCGCCCCCACGACCAGCGCCACCACGAGCCUCCCAGCCCACGAGUGGUUUUGGAAGCGGCGGCGGAGGAGGAGGCGGAUUCGCCGACUUUGACGACUUCGACAAUAAGCUCCACAACAUUCCAAGCACGCCCAGGGCCACGCCCCUUUCCCUGCCCCCGCCCACGCUGCCGCCCCCGAUUGCGGUGAGCAGCGUGUCGUCGUCACUGCUCGACAGCUUCUCGCUAUUCGACGAUCCCGGCCAGAUCCGCAGCCAGUCGGCCAGCACGCCCAAUCCAACGCCCACUCUCCUCCCACGCCCAUCUUCAUCCACACCAGCAGCAGUCCCAUCUCUAUCGGCAUCUCCAGCGGGAUUGGUAGCGGGAGCGGUUCCUCCUAGUAGCACCACCAUCACCACCGCCCCCAGCUCGAAUAACCAGCAUUUGUCGCGUUCCAAUACACCGCUGCAGAAUCAGAGCACGACGGGAUUUGGAUUGGGAUUGGGAUCCGGGACGGGAGUCAGUGUGUUCGAGGCCUUUGGAGAGAGUCACUCAGUCAGCAGUCAAAAGCCUCCCAUCACUGGACCCACCGACUUCAAGGACGAUCCCUUCAAGGACUACCGCUACGAGGAUCCCUUCAGCAUCAAGGAUCCCUUUGCCGACGACGAGGAGGAGGAAUCGUCUAAGGGAGCCGAGCAGAAGAAGAACUUUGCCGAGGACUUUAGUUCGGAGGAUGAAAUGGGAGCUACGACAAAGACCAUAAGCAACAUUGUGAACAACAAUAGCAGUAAGCCCAAGGCGGCCACGCCCCUGAACAACGACAUCCUCCAGCAGUUCGACGCCUUCAACCUGAACUCCAGCCCGGCGCCUUCGCACCACUCGAGCACUUCGCAUCACUCCAACUCCAAGCCGAACCACCAGAAGUCGCAGACGGCGCUGGACACCUUCGCCGACUUCGACGACUUUACAGCCUCGACCACAGCCACUAGCAAUACGAAACUCAACGAUUCCUUCUUCGAUGCAUUUAACGACAACUUCAGUGUGAGCCAGAAUCUGUCAGUGGCCCCCGGCGUGGUUAGCGAUCAGAAGAAGGCCUUCGAUGCCUUCAACGACAACUUCGAGGACCACUUCAAGAUGGGCCAGGAGAACAACUUUGCCAAGUUCGAGGCCUUUGAGGCGCACAACUUCUCGAGUGACUUUGGGAACAGCUCCUUCGAGGCUGCGACGGGCAAGGGCAAGGAGAAGCAGAACGGGCAGCUGGCCAAGAAGAAGGAGCCCAGCAAGGAGCCUGGAGCCAAGGACAAGUUCGCGGCGGACUACUCAAAGCCGGAGAGCUUCGAUGCGGACCUGGAGGAGGCGCUCAAGCGCAGCGUGCUGGACAACUAGACAACUAGAGGGGAUGAGCCUGGCAAACAGAUGAUUGUAAAUGAUCUAUUGAUUGAUUGAUAUAUCUCCAAUGACACAUGCAAUGUCUCUCUCUAUUCGCUCUCGGUGAUCCGAUCUUUAGUGUUAGUGACUCGCCUCUUUCCGUUUCGAUCAACAAAUUUACUCCGUACUCCUCGUGCUCAAGGAUCCCGGCGAAUAGAGAGCUAUUCCAACGGAGCCGCAGCCUGGUAUUACAAGCUAUACAUGCUUAAUGCUAUAUGCUAUAUAAAAUUAUAUAUAAUUUCGCUUAAUCACAUACUCGUAGAGCCUAAACAUGUUGCGAUUUAACCUGUACCAAAACCCUAUGAAUAAACGUACGAAAUAA